UGGAUAACGUCUCCUCAACCCGCAGCACAGACUCAUUUCUCUACACACCAGCUCUGAGUGGAUGCUCAGCAGGGGUGUUUGAGAUAUUAGCGCACUGUGGGGGGAACGGCUCAGGGACUUCUUCCAUCCACACUCAAAGAGCCGGCAGUCAGGAGGAAUAUGGGCAAAUCCGAAAGCCAAAUGGAUAUCAUGGAGAAAUCAAGUAAACCUGGAAAGCGUCGUUGGACUGUUGCAGAAAUUGGUCUGUCCGUGCUGCUGCUGUUGGUCAGCUGUGCCUUGGCUGGGCUGGUAGUCCUCUACACAUCGGUUGUGAAAGAACAAUCUAACAGGCCAAGUGUGUCGAGGAGCUCAACAGGAGAGGGACAGCUGUUUCGCUCCAACCUCAACAAUGUGUGCACAACUGCGGACUGUGUUACUGCAGCUGCUCGGCUCUUGCAGAACAUGGAUAAGUCUGUGAAGCCUUGCGAUAAUUUCUACAAGUACGCCUGCGGGGGUUGGCUGGAGCGCCAUGUCAUCCCGGAGACCAGCUCCCGUCACAGCGUCUUUGACAUUCUGAGGGACAAGCUGGAGAUUGUCCUCAAAGGUGUUCUCGAGACAGAGAAUGAACAGGACAGGGAUGCCAUAAAAAAGGCCAAAAUCCUUUACAGCUCCUGCAUGAAUGACAGCCUCAUAGAGCAGCGUGACUCCCAGCCCCUCCUGAAGCUCAUUGGGAGUAUUGGAGACUGGCCUGUGGCGUCAGAUGAUUGGAACGCCACCACAGAGGAAGCGUGGAGCCUUGAGGACACACUGGCAACACUUACUGCUCAAUUCCACAAGAAAGUUCUGCUGGACAUGUAUGUGUGGACAGAUGACCGUGACUCUCGGCGUCAUAUCAUUUAUAUUGACCAGCCAGGACUUGGAAUGCCAUCAAGAGACUAUUACUUCAAUGAUGGAAACUACAAAAAGGUUCGAGAGGCCUACCUACAUUUCAUGGUUUCUAUUGCGAAGAUAACCCGAGAGGACAGGAACUUGACUCAGGAUGACGACCGUGUGUGGGAGGAAAUGAUGCAAGUGCUGGAGCUGGAGACAGACAUCGCCAAUGCCACAUCACCAGCAGAGGAGCGCCAAGAUGUCACCGUCCUCUACAACAAGAUGACACUUGGAGAACUACAGAGCACAUUCAGCUUUAAUGGUUUUAACUGGACACGAUUUAUUCAAGGUGUGCUGUCAAGUGUGUCCAUUGAGGUCCAGCUAGAGGAGGAGGUGGUGGUGUACAGCUCUCCCUACCUUGAGAAGAUGAAUGACGUUCUCUCCAGACACAGUGUCAGAACUAUGCAGAACUACCUCACCUGGCAGCUCAUCAUUGACAGAGUUAACAGUUUGAGCCGCCGCUUCAAAGAUGCCAGAGCCCGUUACAGAAAGACUCUCUAUGGGACCACUGUGGAGGAUGCUUGGUGGAGAGAAUGUGUCCGUUAUGUCCAGAGCAGCAUGGAGAACGCAGUUGGAGCUCUGUAUGUGCGUGAGACUUUUGCUGGAGAGAGUAAACGAAUGGUCAGCGACCUCAUCAGUAAGAUCCAGAAAGCCUAUGUGGAAACCCUGGAGGAGUUAAGCUGGAUGGACACUCUGUCGAAAGAGAAAGCAAGAGAGAAGGCCAUGGCAAUUAAGGAGCAUAUUGGUUAUCCAGAUCAUAUUCUACAGGAAAACAAUCAGAAACUUGACCAGGAGUAUGCUCAUCUAAACUUCAGUGAAGAACACUACUUUGAAAACAUCUUGGAGAACCUCAAGUCUGAAGCACACAAGAGUCUGAAGAAGCUCAGAGAACCAGUCGAUCCAGACUUGUGGAUCAUAGGCGCUGCUGUGGUGAAUGCAUUCUACUCACCCAACAGAAACCAGAUAGUGUUUCCUGCAGGAAUCCUGCAGCCGCCUUUCUUCAGUAAACAUCAGCACCAGGCCCUUAACUUUGGUGGAAUAGGAAUGGUUAUUGGACAUGAGAUCACACACGGAUUUGAUGACAACGGUCGUAAUUUUGACAAGGAUGGUAAUAUGCUAAACUGGUGGAGUAAUUACUCUGCUGAGCAUUUUAAAGAGCAGUCGCAGUGCAUGGUGCAACAAUAUGGCAACUUCAACUGGAAGCUAGCAGGUGGACAAAACGUCAGUGGAAUCAGCACUUUAGGGGAGAACAUUGCAGACAACGGAGGGGUUCGUCAAGCAUAUAAGGCUUAUCUGAAGUGGGUGGAGAUGGAGGGUGAAGAGCCCUGUCUACCUGGUCUAGACAUGGAUCACAAGCAGCUUUUCUUUCUUAACUUUGCCCAAGUGUGGUGUGGUGCUUAUCGGCCUGAGUAUGCCAGCCAGUCCAUCAAGACUGACUCACACAGUCCCUUAGAAUACAGGGUGCUUGGAUCGCUCCAGAAUUUUGAAGCAUUCUCAGAAGCUUUCCAGUGCCAAAAAGGCAGUCCAAUGAACCCUGAGCUGAAAUGUCGUGUGUGGUAGAAAGUUUUACUCUUGAAAUGUUUAUUUCUUGACACGGGCACCUCAAAUCAAAAGAACAAGUUGUACAAGUUGUACUUUUUAAACCCACAGAGACAUUCUGCUUAAGACUUAUUCUAGUUUAUUUGGGGCAGAAUGAUGAGACAGAUAUUUGGAUAUACUGUAGAUGUUUAGAAAAUGGAUGACGUCCAGGACUACACCCUAGUUUCAAAACUUGGAAGUAUAUUGUAUACUAUAAAAAAGAGACUUGCUUGAGUAUUUUCUCAAGUUUGAAGCGCUGUCGCUGGAUGAGCAGGUCACUUGUUCUUAUUUUGCUGUGUCCCACAACAGAUGACAAGUGGGUACAUGAAUGAAAAGGCUACAUAGAAAACAUGAGACCUUGUGAGAAAGUUAAAGCUUGUGGCUCAGUUUAAACGCUUUACCACCAUUUCUUGAAUUAAUCCUUCAAAGAAAAUCUCUUGUUCAAAUCUUUGUGAUUUAUCCAUUAACAUUCGACACUGAGUUGCCUCAGUGUCUUUCCUCUGAUGUAUUGUUUUCAAGAAAUUACGCCACUCUAGAAGGAACAAUAGUGAACCAAUCUAACUCUGUCUGAAGCGUGAGCAUGAAAUAAAUGAAAGCUUGGGGCUUUGCUGAAGUAAAGCUACAAUAGAAUUAGUCACACUCUGACAGUUUGGUUAUUCACUGUUACAUGAAACAAAUUACCUAAAGACUUUAAGACUGUUAAAUCUUUGCAGCUUUAACCUUAAAUUAACAUUCUGAGAGCACUGCGGCUUUCAGCAUUUUUACACUUACAGAGUGGAUAAAUAUUUAAAAUUUACAAAGCUAUUUAGUACUUUUUGCAGUUUUAAAUUUCUUUAUCUCACUCUGGCACUGAUUGUUGCUCGGUACUCCCUGCAGAAAUGCAUCUGUGUGUCAUGAAAGUUUGCUGUAAGAAACCAUUUUCCACGUGUUGUGAAAAAUACUGGUGGCCUGCUACUUUUUAGCUAGUGAGAAAAACCCAGCGCUUGUUGGAAGUAGAGUGAUACGAUAAUGACUCAUGUAUAUCACGUUAUUGCAUUAUUGGUUACUGCCAUGUCAGACAGUAAUCAUUUUAGAUGCAGGUGUGGAUAUGAUGUAGGUUGCUAAUCACAGUUGUGUUGUGUGUUUGAAGCUAACUCCCCCUGUUUUUAUCUGCUUCCACACAUUUUCACAUGAAUUUUAAAGGGUCCCAAGGGUUCAUUCUGGGCCGAUCUAUAGCUAUUUAAACUCCUAAUGUGCCAUUUGUUAAACGACACACACCUACAAUUACUCAAAAUCAUCUACUUGUAUCUACGUGUAUGAUAUGUGUACAUUUGCAUUUAACCCAAAAAGGUGGCUGAUUUAUUUCACUACACGGCCUCCUGAGAGGAGACUUCAACACAGUGAUUACAAGACUUUUAGCCUCUGGGGCAUAGCCAAUUAUAUGCUAAGGGGAAGAGAGAAGAAAACCCCUCAGACACACUCACACAUGGACAGGCAGCAGAUGAAGUGGUUUGCCUUCUGAUCUCACAUUGAUCAGUGUCGUCUAAGAUGAAAGGAUGAAGUGCAGUGUGCUGAAGCGUGGUGACCGCUGUAGCCGAACCACUAGCCCGCAGGUAGACACACUGAAGAAUGGAGGUUGUCAUUAAAGAGAUGGCCAGGGCCAGGACUGUUAUUUUCUACCUUUAUUAACAAGUAAUGACUGAAGAAUCAAAGCUGAGCAGAACUCAUGAGAGGAUGGAAGUACUAGCUGCUGUUUUUGUGCUGAAUAGAGCUUUCAAAACGCAGCAGAAAAAAAAAAAAACACACAAACAAGACACAGUCGGUUUUGAAUGUUCGCUCAU